CGCAGCGUGCGCGCCCCUUCCUCUCCGCCGGUCCCUCUUGCCUGGCAGAGGGCAGCAGGCGCCCUCCUGCGAUCGCCCCCCUGACCUUCCUCGCAGGAUGCCUGCCUCGUCUGAGCGGCCGAGCGCGGCCACCACCUCUGCCUUGCUUCUGCCGCUGCUGGUCUCCUUGGCUUGGGCGCGGAGCAGUUCUCGGGGGCUGGCGGGGUUGCCCCCCAACGCCAACGCCGCCACCACCCCUAUCGCCAUCAUGGGCUUGAUGCCGCUCAGUGACUCUGUGGAGAAGGGCAAGAUCGGCCGGGGCGUCCUGCCGGCCAUGCAGCUGGCGAUGGAGCAGAUCCUCAACGAGUCUUUGCUCAACCCUUACUCCCUGGACCUACGCUACUACGACACCGAGUGUGAUAAUGCAAAGGGACUUAAAGCCUUCUACGAUGCAAUAAAAUAUGGACCUACACAUUUAAUGGUUUUUGGUGGAGUAUGUACAACUGUAACAUCCAUCAUUGCUGAAUCCCUAAUAGGAUGGAAUUUAGUACAGCUCUCAUUUGCUGCAACAACGCCAGAGUUAGCUGAUAAGAAAAAGUAUCCUUAUUUCUUCCGGACAGUGCCAUCCGAUAAUGCUGUGAAUCCUGCAAUUCUGAAAUUGCUCAAACAUUUUAAAUGGAAAAGAGUGGGAACUCUGACCCAAGAUAUACAAAGAUUUUCUGAGGUACGGAAUGAUCUGACCGGUGUCUUGUAUGGUGAAGAUAUUGAAAUCUCAGAUACCGAAAGUUUCUCUAACGAUCCAUGCACAAGUGUGAAAAAGCUCAAGGGAAAUGAUGUUCGAAUUAUACUUGGACAAUUCAAUGAAGAAAUGGCUGCAAAAGUAUUCUGCUGUGCAUUUAAUGCACAGAUGUAUGGCCCGAAGUAUCAGUGGAUAAUUCCUGGUUGGUAUCAGACCUUCUGGUGGGAAAAAGCAAUUCCAAAGCUUAAUUCAUCACAUUGUCUCAGUACAAAUGUUCUCAGUGCUAUGGAAGGUUACAUUGGAGUGGAUUUUGAACCUCUCAGUUCCAAACAGAUAAAGACCAUUUCUGGAAGAACACCACAGCAAUAUGAAGAGGAGUAUGAUCAAAGGCGUGGAAAUGUUGAGCCAAGUAAGUUCCAUGGCUUUGCUUAUGAUGGAAUAUGGGUAAUUGCCAAAACUCUGCAGCAGGCAAUGAAGAUUCUCAAUGCCACCAACAAAAACCAAAAAAUUGAGGACUUUAACUAUACCAACAGAGAACUUGGAAAAAUUUUCCUGGAUGCAAUGAAUCAGACCAGCUUCUUUGGUGUAACGGGCCAAGUUAUGUUCAGAAACGGAGAGAGGAUGGGGACCAUCAAGUUUACACAAUUCCAAGACAAAAAGGAAGUGAAGGUGGGAGAAUUUAAUGCCAUACUUGAUUCGCUGGAAAUUAUCAACAACUCCAUCAAAUUCCAAGGAAUAGAACCGCCAAAAGACAGAACAAUUGUCCAAAGACAGCUGCGCAAGAUUUCUCUUCCUCUCUACAGUAUUCUCUCAGCACUCACUAUCCUGGGAAUGAUCAUGGCCAGCGCUUUUUUAUUCUUUAACAUCAAAAACCGUAAUCAGAAGUUAAUAAAAAUGUCAAGUCCUUACAUGAACAACCUUAUUAUCCUUGGAGGGAUGCUGUCCUAUGCAUCCAUAUUCCUUUUUGGCCUUGAUGGAUCUUUUGUCUCUGAAAAGACAUUUGAAACCCUUUGUACUGUUCGGACGUGGAUUCUUACAGUUGGCUACACAACUGCAUUCGGGGCAAUGUUUGCAAAGACAUGGAGGGUCCAUGCAAUUUUCAAAAAUGUAAAAAUGAAGAAGAAGAUCAUUAAAGACCAAAAACUGAUGGUGAUAGUAGGAGGGAUGCUGCUGAUAGAUCUUUGCAUCUUGAUUUGCUGGCAAGUUGUUGACCCGUUAAAGAGGACAGUGGAAAAAUACAAUAUGGAGCCUGACCCAGCAGGCCGAGACAUUUCUAUUCUUCCCAUCUUGGAGCACUGUGAAAACACUCACAUGACCAUUUGGCUUGGCAUUGUUUAUGCCUACAAAGGACUACUCAUGCUAUUUGGUUGUUUCUUGGCUUGGGAGACUCGAAAUGUGAGCAUUCCAGCUCUGAACGACAGUAAAUACAUUGGCAUGAGUGUUUAUAAUGUUGGCAUCAUGUGCAUUAUUGGAGCUGCUGUUUCCUUCCUCACACGGGACCAACCGAACGUACAAUUUUGCAUUGUGGCAUUAGUCAUUAUAUUUUGUAGCACCAUUACACUUUGCUUAGUCUUUGUACCUAAGUUAAUCACCCUGAGAACAAACCCAGAUGCUGCCACUCGGAACAGAGGCCUCCAGUUUACUCAAAAUCAGAAGAAAGAUGACUCAAAAACAUCAACGUCUGUCACCAGUGUCAACCAAGCCAGCACGUCUAGGUUAGAAGGACUACAAUCAGAAAACCACCAGCUGAGAAUGAAAAUAACAGAGCUGGAUAAAGCUUUGGAAGAAGUCACUAUGCAGCUUCAGGACACACCUGAGAAGACAACAUAUAUUAAACAGAACCACUAUCAGGAGCUCAAUGAUAUUCUCAGUAUACGGAACUUUACAGAAAACAAAGAUGGUGAGAAAGCUGUACUCAAAAACCACCUUGACCAAAAUCCACAAGCACAAUGGAAUACAUCAGAGUCUUCUAGAACAAGCAAAGACUUUAUAGAAGAUAUCAACUCUCCUGAACACAUACAGCGUCGUCUGUCCUUACAACUGCCAAUCCUUCACCAUGCCUAUCUGCCAUCAAUAGGAGGAGUUGAUGCCAGUUGUGCCAGCCCGUGCGUCAGCCCCAGUGCCAGUCCACGACACAGAUGUGUGCCACCAUCUUUUCGCGUGAUGGUCUCUGGCCUGUAGGAGGACAUCAGAGCUUCCUGAACUGCUUUUGGUACUCAAUGGCUGGACAGAACGUCUUGUGUUGAACUCUUGCCUUCUACAUACUCCUUACUCUUCUCACAGAGGAACUAGUGUUAUAAGGCCAUUGUCAAAAGGAAGACCGGCUCCACAGCUGUGGGAAAGCAUGCCAAGUGGAGGCGGUUGCCUGGAGGUUGAUCUGUAGCCUUACUUGUGGACAUUUCUAUUUUUUCACAAAGGAAGACACCAAACCAUGUUUCUCCCCAAGUUUCUGCUGGAGGCAAGGUAGCUGGGAAUAUAAACUUCACAAAGAACAAAGGGAAAAGAGGGGGGAAGACACCCCCCCCACUCAAGCAUCACUAAGCUCUACACAGCUACUGAAAGUGUGGAAUUGCGUGCAAAAAAAAUUUAAAAAUCACAUCAAACAGAAAGCUAUAUCAACGGAAAUGGAUGCACUUUGUGUUGCAGGGAUUGCACUCAGCUGCUGGAGGCGCCAGUGAGUUGGGCUGGGAUUACAUUCUGGGACUAUGUUCAAUGGGGAGGAGACUUUUAGAGAAAUACCUCCACCAGUGUGAUUAAGAUGACCUCAGCUCUGCUCCACUGCUCUCAAGACACAUUUUGGGGGAAAGGAUGCUUCAAGCAGGAAGCAGAGCCAGGAUUAAAAUCUCAGAAUGGCUACCAGGUAGAGAGUCAAAAAAGAAACAAGUCUUUACAGCCAGCACUUUCCUUCUACUAAGAUACAGGGCUUGGCUGAGUCCCAGGGGUGGCUGUCUGAAAGCAGGCAGAAAACCAGGGCUGACAGUGCUUAAGGCUGAGGGUUGGUACUGACAUCUUAAUCUUACAAGGUGGAUUGUGUUUGGAUUUCCCCCCCCCCAUCCCGUGUUUGCUUGAUUUGAGCCACAACAUAUUUACAGUACAGUUAUAAUUUAGUGGAGGGGGAGUGAGUGAGGUGCGUAAGUACCACACUAUUGCUGCUGCAGAGGCACUGAUAGUAUAUACACAACUUUUGCUUCGUAUCUUUGCGUGUGUGACAGCGACAGCUGAGAAUCAAGACAGUCUGAACUAAGUUUGCCAAUAUGGGGGAAACACCCUUUGCUGUUCGAAUUCAAAAUCAAAAGGUGAAAAAUAGUUUCAUUCUGAAAACAAAAAAGGAUAGACAUAAGCU